AAUGGCUGAAUUAACAAAAGAGGAGAAGAGAGAAAAAAGUAAAUAAAUGAAAGAUAAGAUGAAAUAUGUAGAGUAAUAAGCAAGAUUUAGAAAGGCUUAAACAGAAUUAAGAGAUAAUGGAUUAGAAAAUACAACAACAAAUACUAAGCGUGAAAUAAUGAAAGCAUUAGAAAAUGAAAUGGAUGAUCAAUAAUUAAAACAAUAUUAAGAACUUCAAAAGAAAUUAGUAAGAAUGAAUUAUUAUGGAUCAUUUUUUGGAUUAACUAGUGCAGCUAUAUUGCCAAGAACAUUUAGAUUUUAUUAGAAACUUGGAUUAGUAUCAAGGUAAUAUCUAAAAAUAUUGUAUAAUUUAGAGUCACUGUUUGUGUUAGUACAUUUUUGAUUACUUAAAAGGGAGCAACAUUUAAAUAUUUAUGUGAUGUAGAUGAUUUUGAAGUUGAUUUUAUUGAAAAGCAUAAAAGUAAAUUUUUAGAAACAUCUUUUGAAAGUUGAUUUAAUUUUAGUUUUAUUAUCUUUUAAUAAUUAUAUGUAAUAUUAUAUUCCAACCAAAGAUGUUUUGGGUGCACUUUCAGAAGUAUUUUCAAAGUGUAAUUACCAAUUUGAUAACUCUAAACCUUCUGAAUCAUUUGAUAAACUAGCAUCCACUUUUUAAUCUAAAUUGGAUACUAAUAAAUUCAAAACCAAUUUAGAUAAGUACAUUGAAAAGGUUAAAUGUAUAAAAUAAACUUGAUUUUAGAAAAAAUUUAAUCAAAAGAUGAAAAUGAUGGUUCUAUAUGUCUAUCAAGUUAAUAUAAUGAUAUAUCAAAAUAAAAUGAUUAACAAACUACAGGAUUAUUAAAUUCAAUUAAAUCAAAAGUAAUUCCUGAAACAAUUGAUUAAUAAAUACAAACUGAUACUAUAAUGUCUUUGUGUAAUUUGGAAUCAUCUGUAAUAUUAAUUGAUAAUGGUUGUUAAAUAAAAGUUGAAUAAAUUGAAAAUUUAACAUAAACAGAAUAUGAUAUGAUUGAUGCAACAACCAAUACUAUAAUUUAUGAGGAUAAUACAAAAAGAAUGGAAUAAAAUUAAUUAAAAUUAUAUAGUUAAGAAGUUUCAAUUCAAAUUUAUAGUGAUUAUGUUAAAAUAAAAUCUUAAGAUUUUUAAUGUCAGGUUGAUCAAUAGUAAGAUGAUUCAUAAAAUAUUGUAUUAAAUUAAAGACUUGAAAAUAAUAGUGAUUAAUAAUAGUAGAGUUAUCAUUCAUCUGAUUUGAUAGACAAUUUAUAAAUAAUUCAUGAUUAAAUAAAUGAAGAAUUUAUAAAAUGUUAAUGUGGUAAAAGUAUCUUUAUUAAUAAAAAAAAAUUAAUUGAUGUUGAAUGUUAAUAUGAUAAAUCUCUAAAUACAUAAUAAACAAAUAUAAUAGAUAUGGAAUUUCAAGAGAGAUUUAAGCAUAUAAGAAUUAGAAGUAGAUGUAUGAGUCAAACUAAUUAAAAUAAUGAAAAGAUAUAAAUUAAUGAUGAAGAUUAAAUCACAUUUUUAGAAAAUGGUAAUUAUUUAUAAUAUAUAAUUUAAUAGAAUUAUAAUUAAAAAAUGAAUUAUUAGAAACUAAAAAUUAAGUUAUUUUCAAAUUACAUUCUUAGAUUGAAGAUUUACAUAAAUUAAUUAAUGAUCAAAAGGAUAGUGCUAGAAAUCGCAAUGAUUCAGAUUCAGAUUUAUCUAAUGAAAGUGAUAAUUAGAAAAUUGAUAAUUUAUUACAAUAAAUACAAACUGAUGCUGAUAUAUAACAUCAUUUGACUAAAUAGAUGUUAUAAUAUAGUGAAGAAACUAGAAAUCUUGAAUAAUAAAUAAGAGAACUUAGAGAUUAAAAUUAAGAUCUUAAAGAAGAACUUGAUAAAUUAACUAUUUAAAUUACAAAAUUAAAAGAAUAAUAAGCAGAAAUGGAAGAUAAUAAUGCUAAAGAAAUUGAUAUUAUUAAUGAAGAUUAUUAAGAUAAAUUAUCCAAAUAAAAUAUGAUAAUUGAUGACUUACAAUAAUAAAUUAAUAGUUUAUCAAUUAGUCCAAUGGGAUUACCUCAACUUUCUAUGCCUUAAACUAUGAAGUAUAUGAGUUAAUAAUAAUUCUAAACUGUUGGAUCUGAUUCAUAAUAAUCUAAAGGAUCAAAUUGUAAAACUAAAGAGGAAAAACAAUAAUUAAUGAGAAAUAUUAAAAGAAUGACUACAAUGACAGCAGGAUUGAUGUCAAAUAAAUAAGACUAUACUACUUUGGGAGUCUUAGGUAAAAUUGAUCAAUAUAAGAGUUAAUAAAAAUUAGAAUCCUUCAAUAAACUUAAUUGA